UGCAUCCCUUAAAGAGAGGAAUGGUUUUUUGGUUAUAAUAAAUGAAAAGUCUAGUGAUGUGAUCUGUAAAAAUGUAGACACAUCAGAUUUGAGAUUUUCUUCCAGUUGAUCUCUGUUAAUAUUACAUCAACUUUAAGCUUUUGAUCAUAUAAUAUGGGUAAUUAACUGGGGCUUGCUCAGUUUAUAUGAAAGACUCAAGCCAUUUAAAGCUUUACUUCCAGAAACUCAACAACAGUUUCCCAGGCUGCUAUGAAUACAGCAUAGGACGGCUUCAGCUGUGUGCUAAUAAAAGCACUCAAACCCUGCAGUAUUGCCAUUUAUGCGUGCAUGUGUUCAGAGCUGUGCAGUGAGCAGAGACACUCGGAGACGAUCACAACCACUGAUGGCUAAUGCUAAAAACCCGUUUACAUCAGAGGUGCUUAUAGACUCAUGUUAGAGGUCUAACGUCACUGAAACAACAUCACCACGGGUUUAAGUGACAUUAUGAGGCUGGAUGUGACCUCAGUUUGGCUUGUGCUCUCAGUGGUGGUGGUCACAGCUGGUGUCUUUUAUCUCUACAGUCUGAUUCUCAGGCAUUUAGCCAAGACAACUGUGAGGAACAAAGUGGUGCUGAUUACAGAUUCGCUGUCAACACUUGGAAAUGAAUGUGCAAAACUCUUCCAUACCGGAGGAGCCAGACUGAUCCUUUGUGGAAGUAACUGGGAAAAGUUGGAGACUCAAGCUGAGAGGCUGAUAAGUGAAUCAGAUCCAACACUUACAUUUCCGCCCAAACUAGUGGAGCUGGACUUCAGUGACAUGGAGAGCGUUCCUGAGGUGAUCUCGGAGAUCCUGGAGUGUUACGGCUGUCUGGAUGUUCUCAUCUUCAAUAGCAGUAUGAAGGUGAAGGCUCCUGUACAGUGUCUGUCCCUCGAGAUGGACAGGAUCGUCAUGGAUGUGAACUACUUUGGGCCGAUCACGCUGGUUAAGGGUGUUCUCCCAUCACUGAUCUCCAGAAGAACAGGUCACAUUCUUCUAGUCAACAGCAUUCAGGGGAAAUUAACAGUGCCUUUCCGCGCCACCUAUGCUGCUUCCAAGCACGCCGUUCAGGCUUUCUUUGACUGUCUGCGGGCUGAGGUUCAGGAAUAUGGGAUAACCAUCAGCACCGUCAACCACACCUUCAUAAAAACUCCCAGCACAAACUCAGAGGAUGAAAUCACAGCAAAAUCCAAGUGGACAGACUUCAAAGCCAAGUCCCUUGGUGUGACCCCUAAAGAGAUGGCUACUGAGCUCCUGAAGACGCUGAGCAGCAAGAAGAAGGAGAUUUUGAUGGCCCGCUCCAUCCCUAAAGCAGCUCUUUAUGUCAGAUCUCUCUUCCCCAACCUGUUUUUCGCCAUCAUGGCAGCAGGAGUCAGAAACACUGCAGCUGUAGAGACGCCUGAUGACUGAAGGACAAUGGGUUUUUACUAGAGCUUAUCUACAUUGCAUACAAUUAAAGAAUGUGUCACUAUGCUGUAGUGCUCAAAUUAGAAGAAAAUUAUCAGGUCAGUAUGACUGUGGAUUUGCUGUAACUGCUCUUGUUUGGAGAAAAAGUAACAAAUAAACCUGAAAUCAAUAUCUGUCUAUCUAUUUAAGUUUAUCAUUUUAUUUACUAGUGUAUUUAAAAUUCAUAGGUAAUAUUUAAAAAGGAUGAAAGGCUGUAGUUCUGUGGUGUUGGUCAGAUGAGACCGAUGAAUAAACAGCAUUACAGCGUCCUCUGCUGUUAUUGUUCCGCACUGUGUUGACAUCACAUCCCAGCAAACAUGCCCCUUUGGGGGCCAGCCCACAGUGUGGGCAUGUUAUGGGCCCACUCUGCUAGACUAUGGGGUCCACUUGGAUCCCAAAACCCGAGGUCCGACCCUGAGACCCAAGCGGGUUCGGGUCCAAAACUUCUACGAGUGCCUCGGACAUGGGUCGGGUUCGGUAUUAGCAGCCUCGGUUCUUGAGUAAUUAAAAUAAAUGUGCUUUUCCCAAAUGACCCCCAAAUGAUCCCGAUUAGACCCGAAUUCUUUUAAACUUUCCCGGAUGCGUAGCCUACUUGUGCGUUCAUGUUAAGUUCAUUUUUGAGAAACGCAAAUAAAAAAGGAACAUACGUUUGUAAUCUCAGAAAUCCAUUUUACAGAUAUGAGAUCCAUCAGGAAAAUCCACUUCAUUACGCUGCGUGUCAAUGCAAGGCUUUUCUUUUUUUAUGUGCAGAAGCGCUUCACCGGAGAUGAGGUAAAUAACGUUGCAGACAAAACUAGCAA